AUGGAGGCGCUCUUAUCCUCGACUGAUCGUCACCAACAGAGAUUGAAAAACCUCAAACUCGCAAAUCUGUCAAAUAACACUAUUUUAAAUACACCACCGAUAUCUCCCGUAGAGGAUGCUCGAGUGACAAAUUUAUUAUAUACUCAUAACACUGCCACUUCACUCGGACCAAAUGACGGCAUUACCGAACAUACUCCAUUCACACCGCCAACUUAUCUUACAUAUCCGACGACACGCAAGUACCGUUUCAUAUUGGCAGAAGCACCGCCUAUAAACAUCAAAAAUCACAAGAUUUUACCGAAAAAUCACUAUCGAAAGAACCCGUAUCCAAAAAGAUCCCCAGAUAAAGCAUCAAGUGGAAUCCACAUGAAUUCAGAUGUAUUUAGUAUUUUUCAAAAAGAUCCGAAGAGACUUUUAGAGGAAAACCUCACCGAAUUACAAAGAAUCAAACAAAGAUCCCCGAGCUACUCUAUCCUUCCGAUCAACAAACCAGAUUUAACCGACAAAAAAACGAGACGAGGCGCCGGUAGUUCGUUAGCGAGAGCGAUGGUAGAUCGUGGCGCAGAUCAAACUCCAAUUCAACAGCAGCGUCCAAGAGACAUGAACGUUUCUAAAGUUCCGCUUCCUUCACAUCAUUCAACGGAUAUUAACAAUAUUUACCACGAAUUAAAUCGAAUGCACUUGGACAAUCUACCAUUGAACAUUCAACAAACUAUCACGUGGAAAGGAAAUCCCUUGAAAAUCGAGCAACUUCCUCAUUACACAUUGUUACAUCAAACAGAGGCAAAGGUUGCUUCAACGUUACGAUUAACCCCGGUUCAGUAUCUAACUGUAAAACACGUGUUUAUCUCUACGGCUCGCCGUUAUUAUUCGCGUGGAUUACCAUUCUUAAAGAGCGAUGCUCAGAAAAUAAUGAAGAUGGACGUUAACAAGUCGUGCAAGAUGUGGGAUUUUUUCAACAACGUUGGAUGGAUCUAG